AUGGGAAAUUAUAUGGAAACAUGCAUUCAAAGGAAAGAAGAAUACCCACAACAACAACAACAACAGCAGCAUCAGCAGCAACAAGAAGAAGAACAGAAACAGGUGCAACAAGAAAAACAAGAAUCAAGUGAUGGUUUUAGUAAAGAGAGUAGCAGAAUGAGGGUAAAAUUGGUAUUAACAAAAGAUGAGCUACAAUGGCUAUUGGGUCAGUUGAAGAAGGAUGAAGGGAGAAAACUGGAAGAAGUUUUGGGAGAGAUUGAAAAGAGUAGGUUAAGAGGUGAAAGUGUUGCAAAGUGGAAGCCUUGUUUAGAGAGCAUCAUGGAGAGCCCUGAUGUUCAUCAUCAAAUCAUGGAUAGAUCAUCAUGA